UUCACUCUGCUGCCGAGCCGGAGAGCGUAAGGGUAGCAGCAGCGCCGCUGGAGGAGCCGGCGUGGCACCCUAAAGAGAGGCGCGCCGCGGCUGUGCUUCUCCAUCGCCAGCUCGCCGUUCGGAUUUUAGUGGGGGACGUUCGGGAGAGAGAAGCAACCCGCCGCCUCCGGCCAUGGGGAUCGCUCAUCCGACGGCUGGAGGAGAAAGAAUCGGGGAGGGGAAAGAAGCCCCAGUUCGGAUUCCCCCUCCCCAAAACUUUUGUUUUCGCCCUUAAGCCAACUGCAGCGACCGCCCAGAGAAAACUUCGCUCGGUCUAAGAUUUGCCUGUUUUUCUCUCCCGCCCUCCUCUUUAUUUCUUCCUUCUCGUUACUCCGCGAGUCGAUCGCUGCCUUUGCAAUGAAUCGAUCGCCGUCUCCGUAGCCUUGAAGAGAUGUUUUGAGAAGCUUGGAGCAAUAAGCAAUUCCUGGAAGCCUUUUUCCUCCCCGUUCUUCUUCCCCGUAAAGGUUUCUCCUUCUCCUCCCACCCUGUUGAGCUUCCACAAUAACAAGUGAGCCGCGUUGCCUCGUCAGCGCCCCGGCCGAGAGCAAGAAUUUGUAACAGAUCAGAACUACUACGAGGCGGGCGAUUCGGUCUACACAACUCUCUCCGUUUCCUUACCCCGCCAAACCUUCUGGAGGAUGGAGAUGGUGGCUGUGGGGCAACAGACGUCACAAUUUCCUAUUCCUCUUUAGGCUUCUUUUUUGAAAGAGUUGAUCUUGGAGAGGGCUCUGUGUGUGUUUCAACUGGAUUGAAUUACUCACUCCCCGGUUUUUGUGUGCUCUUAAGGACGAAGUGUCUUUCUCUAAGGUCUGGUGCAGGAGAUUGUAAACGCGAAAGAAUAAAGGGGCUCCCUCCCCCGAACCCCUCCACAAAUCUUUCUGCCCUUCCAGGGAUCCGGCAGCAGGCAAAAGAAAAAUACGGGAUAUUAAAUAUAGACCCAAAGAAAACAAAAGCUCCAGAAGUUCUCUUCCUUCCAAAGCUUCUAUGGUAACCAUGGCUGGGAUUGGCAACUAUUGGGAGAUAAUGUGCUGGACGACCUUCGUUCUUCUGGGCAGUCCUGCAGUCAGAGGCCAAGAUGAUGUUUCCCCCUAUUUCAAGACAGAGCCGGUACGUACCCAGGUCCACCUGGAGGGGAACCGCUUAGUCCUGACCUGUAUGGCAGAAGGCAGCUGGCCUCUGGAGUUCAAAUGGUUGCAUGACAACAGGGAGCUGACCAAAUUCUCACUGGAAUACAGGUACAUGAUCACAUCCCUGGAUCGUACCCACGCUGGUUUCUACCGUUGCAUUGUGCGUAAUCGCAUGGGAGCCCUGCUGCAAAGGCAGACAGAAGUUCAGGUGGCAUAUAUGGGAAGCUUUGAAGACACUGAGAAGCAGCAGAGCGUGUCACAUGGAGAAGCUGCUGUCGUCCGUGCUCCCCGCAUCGCCAGCUUCCCUCGCCCACAGGUCACAUGGUUCCGUGAUGGACGCAAAAUUCCUCCUAGUAGCCGCAUAGCCAUCACACUGGAGAACACUCUUGUGAUCCUGUCAACAGUUGCACCGGAUGCUGGAAGGUAUUAUGUGCAGGCUGUGAAUGAUAAAAAUGGAGACAAUAAAACCAGCCAGCCCAUCAUGCUCACUGUGGAAAAUGUAGGCGGCCCAGCUGAUCCCAUUGCACCAACCAUCAUAAUUCCACCACGCAACACCAGUGUAGUCUCUGGCACCUCAGAAGUGACCCUGGAGUGUGUGGCCAAUGCCAGGCCACUCAUCAAGCUGCACAUCAUCUGGAAGAAGGGUGGAAUGCCAGUGUCCAGUGGCAUCAGCGACUAUAACCGACGCCUGACCAUCCUCAACCCUUCACUGAGUGACAGUGGCUACUAUGAGUGUGAAGCUGUCCUACGCAGUAGCAGUGUGCCCUCUGUGGUUCGAGGAGCCUAUCUCUCUGUGCUGGAGCCACCUCAAUUCACUAAGGAACCUGAGAGGCACAUCACGGCUGAGAUGGAGAAGGUGGUGCAGAUUCCAUGCCAGGCUAAAGGUGUGCCUGCACCCAGCAUGUUCUGGUACAAGGACGCAGUGCUGCUUGGAGUGGAGAAGAUGUCUCGUUUCCAGCUCCUUUCCAAUGGGAGCCUGCAGAUCAGAGGGCUAAUGCCAGAUGACACGGGGAUGUUCCAGUGUUUUGCCCACAGUGCUGCUGGAGAGGUGCAGACCUCCACGUACCUGGCCGUCACCAGCAUUGCCCCCAACAUAACUAAAGGGCCCCUGGAUAGCACAGUAAUUGAUGGAAUGGCUGUGGUUCUCAGCUGUGAGACUUCAGGGGCUCCCAGACCAGCCAUCACAUGGCAGAAAGGUAAUGGUGAACGAAUCCUGGCCAGUGGCUCAGUGCAACUUCCUCGUUUUACACUGCUGGAGUCAGGAAGCCUCUUGAUCAGCCCUACACGGAUCUCGGAUGCUGGGAGCUACACUUGCCUGGCCACCAACUCCCGUGGAGUUGAUGAGGCAUCGGCUGAACUUGUUGUCUGGGCCCGGACACGCAUCACCAGCCCACCUCAGGAUCAAAGUGUCAUCAAAGGGACCAAGGCUGCUAUGACGUGUGGAGUGACCCAUGACCCCAGGGUGGUAGUUCGAUACUUGUGGGAAAAGGAUGGGGCAACACUGAAUGUGGACAAUGCACCACGCAUGCGGCUGGACAGUACAGGAACCCUGCACAUUGCUCAGACCUGGUCAGGCGACAUUGGCACCUACACUUGUCGAGUGGUGUCUGCUGGAGGCAAUGACUCUCGCAGUGCUCACCUGCGAGUCCGACAGCUUCCGCAUGCACCAGAAAACCCCGUUGCCAUGCUGAGUGCUGUAGAGAAACGGGCAAUCAACCUGACAUGGACCAAACCCUUUGAUGGAAACAGCCCACUGCUGCGUUACAUUCUUGAGGUCUCCGAGAACAAUGCUCCCUGGACAGUGCUCAUGGCCAGCAUGGACCCUGAAGUUACUUCAGUGCUGGUGAGAGGGUUGGUCCCUGCCCGCUCGUACCAAUUCCAAUUAUGUGCUGUCAAUGAUGUGGGCAAAGGCCAGUUCAGCAAGGACACCGAAAGAGUUUCCCUCCCUGAGGAACCCCCCACAGCACCUCCCCAGAAUGUCAUUGCUAGUGGCCGAACUAACCAGUCCAUCAUGAUCCAGUGGCAGCCACCACCUGAAAAUCACCAGAAUGGCAUCCUCAAGGGCUACAUCAUCAGAUUUUGCCUGGCUGGUCUGCCCGUUGGCUACCAGUUCAGAAACAUCACCAAUGCUGAUGUCAACAACCUGCUGCUUGAGGACCUGAUCAUUUGGACCAACUACGAGAUUGAGGUGGCAGCAUACAACAGUGCUGGGCUGGGUGUCUACAGUGCCAAAGUCACAGAGUGGACUCUCCAGGGUGUUCCCACAGUAUCCCCGGGUAACGUGCAGGCUGAGGCCACCAACUCCACCACCAUCCGCAUCACCUGGAACCCACCCAGCCCCCAGUUCGUCAAUGGCAUCAACCAAGGCUACAAGCUGAUUGCCUGGGAACCAGCACAGGAAGAAGACAUGACUGUGGUGACAGUGCGGCCUAACUUCCAAGAUAAUAUCCAUGUGGGUUAUAUCUCAGGUCUCAAGAAGUUCACAGAAUAUUUCACCUCAGUGCUGUGUUUCACCACACCAGGCGACGGACCCCGCAGCCCACCGCAGCUGGUGCGCACCCAUGAGGACGUUCCGGGUCCAGUGGGACACCUUGGCUUCAAUGAGAUCCUAGACACAUCGCUGAAGGUCAGCUGGCAAGAGCCCCUGGAAAAGAAUGGCAUUCUGACAGGUUACCGGAUCUCUUGGGAGGAAUACAACCGCACUAACACACGUGUAACACACUACCUGCCCAACGUCACCCUGGAAUACCGUGUCACUGGCCUCACUGCCCUCACCACGUACACGAUUGAAGUGGCAGCCAUGACCUCUAAGGGCCAGGGCCAGGUUUCCUCCUCAACCAUCUCCUCUGGGGUUCCUCCAGAGCUCCCUGGAGCCCCUACCAACCUGGGCAUCUCCAACAUCGGUCCCCGUUCAGUCACACUUCAGUUCCGUCCAGGUUAUGAUGGCAAGACAUCCAUUUCCAGGUGGCAAGUAGAGGCUCAGGUGGGUCAGAUUGGUGACAGCGAGGAGUGGACUGUCAUCCACCAGCUGUCCAAUGAGCCAGAUGCCCGCUCCAUGGAGGUGCCCAACCUCAAUCCCUACACAUACUACAGCUUCCGCAUGCGACAAGUGAACAUUGUAGGCACCAGCCCACCCAGCCUGCCUUCCCGCAGGAUCCAGACACUGCAGGCCCCACCUGAUGUAGCUCCUGCCAAUAUUACACUGCGGACGGCCAGUGAAACCAGCCUCUGGUUGCGAUGGAUGCCCCUGCCAGAGACAGAGUACAAUGGCAGCCCUGAGUCGGUGGGCUACCGGUUGCGCUACUCACGCUUAGAUGGGCGUGGCCGCACACUGGCCAACACCAUCCAUGACCGUGUGGAGCGCGAAUUCACUAUUGAGGACCUGGAAGAAUGGACUGAGUAUCGCGUGCAGGUGCAGGCUUUCAAUGCCAUUGGGCCUGGGCCAUGGAGUCAGACCGUGGUGGGGCGAACCCGGGAGUCAGUGCCUUCAUCUGGGCCCACCAAUAUCUCUGCUCUGGCAACCACCUCCACCUCUAUGCUGGUGCGAUGGAAUGACAUCCUGGAGGCUGACCGAAAUGGGCUUGUUCUGGGCUACAAGGUCAUGUAUAAAGAGAAGGACUCUGACACAAGGCCCCAGUUCUGGCUGGUGGAAGGCAAUGCUUCACGGAGUGCUCAGCUCACAGGCUUGGGCAAGUAUGUCCUGUACGAGAUCCGGGUGCUGGCUUUCACCCGCAUCGGUGACGGGGUGCCCAGCAAUCCACCCAUCCUUGAGCGGACACUAGAUGAUGUGCCUGGGCCCCCAGUGGGCAUUCUGUUUCCUGAAGUGAGAACAACUUCUGUACGGCUAAUUUGGCAACCACCUGCCGCUCCCAAUGGCAUCAUUCUGGCAUACCAGAUCACCCACCGCCUCAACACCACCACUGCCAAUUCAGCCAGCGUGGAAGUACUCAACCCCAGUGCACGUCAGUUUACUGCUACUGGUCUCAGACCCGAGUCCACCUACCUCUUCCGUAUCACAGCACAGACCCGGAAGGGCUGGGGUGAGGCAGCAGAAGCACUGGUGGUUACCACAGAGAAGAGAGAUCGUCCCCAACCUCCCAGCAAGCCAGUUGUGUUGCAGGAAGAUGUCAAGUCAAGGAGUGUACUAUUGUCCUGGGAGCCAGGCAGUGAUGGGCUCUCACCAAUCCGGUAUUACACUGUACAAACACGGGAACUCCCUGAUGGGAAAUGGGUGCUCCAUUCUGCCUCGGUCAACCACAACACCACAUCCUUCAUAGUCAAUAGGCUGAAACCCUUCACCACCUACAAAUUCCGGGUCAAGGCAACCAAUGAUAUUGGUGACAGCGAAUACAGCGAAGAGUCAGAGUCACUCACCACACUACAGGCUGCCCCAGAAGAAGCUCCCACUAUCUUGUCAGUGACACCACACACCACCACAUCGAUACUGAUCCGCUGGCAGGCUCCAUCCGAGGACAAAAUCAAUGGCAUCUUGCUAGGUUUUCGCAUCCACUAUCGGGAGCUGGCAUAUGAAGGGGUGCGAGGCUUUACUGCACGCAGUGUCGGCAAUCCCAGUGCAAAAUGGACAGAACUCACCUCAACGUAUGCCAUGCGGAACCUGACUGAGGCCUCCCUCACACAGUACGAGCUGGACAACCUGAACAAGCACCGUCGCUAUGAGAUCCGCAUGAGCGUCUACAAUGCUGUGGGUGAGGGGCCCACUAGCUCACCACAGGAGGUCUUUGUGGGUGAGGCUGUUCCCACAGCUCCACCACAGAAUGUGGCCAUCCAAAGUGCAACAGCCACCCAACUCGACAUCACAUGGGAGCCACCACCCCCUGAAGCACAGAACGGAGACGUCCAAGGCUACAAGAUCUAUUUCUGGGAGGCCCAGCGGCAGAAUGAAACGGAACGGGUGAAAACACUCUUCCUACCAGAGAAUGGCGUCAAACUCAAGAAUCUGACUGGCUACACAUCCUACCUUGUCAGUAUCCUGGCCUUUAAUGCUGCAGGCGAUGGGCCCCGGAGUGCCCCUAUCAAGGGAAGGACCCAGCAAGCAGCCCCCAGUGCACCAGGCUCCAUCAAAUUCAGUGAGCUCACCACUACCUCUGUGAACGUGUCCUGGGAGCCACCACUUUUCCCCAAUGGAAUCCUGGAGGGCUACCGCCUCAUCUAUGAACCCUGCAUGCCCGUGGAUGGUGUCAGCAAGAUUGUAACAGUGGAUGUGAAGGAAAAGAGUCCCCUUUGGUUGAAAGUCAAAGACCUAGCAGAAGGUGUCACUUACCGAUUCCGAAUCCGAGCCAAGACCUUUACCUAUGGGCCAGAAGUAGAAGCCAACAUAACCACUGGGCCAGGAGAAGGUGCCCCAGGUCCUCCAGGUGAACCCUUCAUCUCUAGGUAUGGCUCAGCUAUCACAAUCCAUUGGUCAAGCGGUGACCCUGGCAAAGGUCCUAUCACCAGAUAUGUUAUUGAGGCGCGGCCUUCAGAUGAGGGGCUCUGGGAUAUUCUCAUAAAGGACAUUCCCAAGGAAGUGACCUCAUACACCUUCAGCAUGGACAUUUUGAAGCAGGGUGUCAGCUAUGACUUCCGGGUCAUUGCUGUUAAUGACUAUGGUUAUGGGACACCCAGUACUCCCUCCCCAUCAGUCUCAGCCCAAAAAGCCAAUCCCUUCUAUGAGGAGUGGUGGUUCCUGGUGGUCAUUGCUCUGGUAGGACUCAUCUUCAUCCUUCUGCUGGUCUUUGUCCUUAUCAUCCGUGGACAGAGCAAGAAGUAUGCCAAGAAGUCAGACUCAGGGAGCAAUUCCAAGUCAAAUGCACUCGGCCAUGGUGAGAUGGUCAGCCUGGAUGAGAGCAGCUUCCCUGCUCUGGAGCUGAACAACAGACGCCUAUCAGUGAAAAAUUCCUUCUGCAGGAAAAAUGGCAUCUAUACAAGUCUCAGAGCUUCCAUGUCUCUCCCGAGGUCCCCACCACGGCCCAGCCCUGGCUCCCUGCACUAUUCAGAUGAGGAUGUUACCAAGUACAAUGACCUCAUCCCAGCUGAGAGCAGCAGCCUUACGGAGAAGCCUUCAGAAAUCUCCGACUCACAGGGAAGUGACAGUGAGUAUGAAGUGGAUCAGAACCAGCAGAAAGCCCAUUCGUUUGUCAACCAUUACAUCAGCGACCCAACUUACUACAACUCAUGGAGGCGCCAGCAAAAGGGCAUCUCACGGGCUCAGGCCUACAGUUAUACAGAGAGUGACUCCGGAGACCCUGACCAUUGUCCAAUGUCCAACAGCACCAGCACUCAACAGGGCAGCCUCUUCCGACCUAAACCCAGUAGGACUCCAACCCCACAAACUCCAGUCAAUCCUCCCAGCCAACAGAGCACCCUUUACCGACCCCCCAGUAGUCUUGCCCCUGGGUCCAGAGCCCCUAUUGCUGGGUUUUCUUCUUUUGUUUGACAUUUCUAAAGGAAAGAAGAAAAAGAAAAAUAUGGCUAAGAAGAAAAAUAUGGAUUUAAUAAUAAUAACAGUAAUGAAGAACAUUUUGGUCCAGAAUUAUUAUUAUUUUCAGAGGCAAUGAGAAGAUCAUGUGGGAGACAAUCAGUCAUAGUUGAGUUUGGAGUCAUUGACUGCUGCUGCUUCUAGUAUUGCACAGUGCUCUUCAAAGGAAUUACCUGUUUGCAAAUAUAUAGCUGGAGCAAGACAGGAAGCAUGCCUGUUUUCAGGCCUAGAGCUAAAGGAAGGAAGGCAACAGGAUAAAGAUUGGAAGCCCCAAAGUUAACAUAGUGUUUGGUCUUGCAGACCACCUCCUUGGAGAUCAACUUUCUAGGCAGACAAAGAAAUAGCAAACUGACGUCUCUCAGAAUAAUCUCUCUCUGGGUUUGAUUUGUUGUUGUUGUUGUUGUUGUUGUAUUGUUCUCCAACCAAAGCUCGGAGGGGAACGGGUUAGGGCUCCGUAAGCUGUAAAUAUGAACCACUUGGACUGCUGCAGCCAGUGGUCCAAGGAGUUCAUUGUAGCAUCUGCUAGUGUGCUGUGCAAAAGACAGGCCAACAGGAACAAGUUCUCAGUGACUAGCAACUGGCCAAUGAGAGAGGCAGACUCCCAAGAUUCAUCCACUGCAACAUCAUGGUGGCAGUUUUUGGGAGUUGAAACAACACUGAAGAGAAUCCCAGUCUCUGAAGCUAUCUUGAAUGGACUAUAGAGGAUUAGGCUGGGCAAACAGCAUCUACAUUCAGACCAGUUUUGCCUCCAUUUUGCUCUUCCACUCACAGCCAGAACAGAAGUCAGCCGAGCUGAACAGUACUGACCAGACAGUGUGGUUUCUUUUUGUGCAUUUUGGUGUGAAGAUAAGAGAGUACAUUUGAGGAUGGUUGGGAGGAAGCUGUAGAAUUCAAAGGAAUAGAUACAUUGUCAUUUGGCAGGAAUACGCUAUCUGUAUCACCUCAGCAGAAAGCGCCCACCUCCUGGUUUUGUGGGAGAGCUGAGCACCUGCGGCAAAACCAAGCCACAAGGCAGAAUCCAUCCCACAUGGUUGGAUAAUCUCUCAGUGCCCUUAUUUCUUCUCAGUGCCCUUUUUCCCCAUUCACUUCAUUGGACAGGGGGAGAGGAAGGGGAGGGGGAGGCCCCAAUCCAAUCUAAGUGCAAUUCGAGGGAGCGUUCAGGGAAAAGAGGUAAACUUGAUCAUCUAAAUGCUGCACAGCCCCUUGGCACUGGCUUUAGAAUGGGUAACCUCAGGGGGCUGAACGUGCGCCUCACCGCAGUGUUCUUUCCUCCUCCUGGUAUUGAAAUGAAACAUUAUCCUCAGUUCCAUAGAAAAUGACAGUUUGUCCCCAAUGCCCCUUUUAUAUAGUUUUUUUAAAAAACUUAUUCACAGCACACAAUUAUGGCAGGGAGAGAGAGUGAGAAUUGAGUGGGUGCUGAAAAAGCAGUGGGAUGAAAGUGGUUGCCUCUCUCCCUCUCUCCUUCCCACUCUCUCUUUGUUUUGCUAUCUUUUUUUAAAUUCUAUUUUAACACAACGGUAUUGGGGGGAGGCAGGUGGGAAUUUUUUUUCUUUUUUGGCCUCGCAGAAUACACACGUGCACACAGAAAGACACACAUUCAUAUACACAGAGUGCCUACUGAGCCCCAAGAUCUGUGGUGGCCAUCUUUUUUCCCCCUUCCCUAACAGAGUUAUGGGUUAGAGCAGGGAUGGGGAUCCUGUGCCCUCCAGAUGUGGUUGGACACCAGCUCCUAUGAGCCCCAGCCAGUAUGGCCAAUGAUCAGCAAUGAAGAGAGGUGAAAUCCAGCAACACUUGGUACAUGUUCUCAACUCUGGGCUAAAGCAACAACCCAGAAACAGUGGAGGGAAGAGGUAGGACAAGAAAAUAUGAGCAUUAUGCUCUAGCUGGGUUACUUUCUUUCCUGAAAGUGCUAGGGAUAUAGUUAUGUCCAUUAUAAACCCCCUCACCUCACCCCAUGCCUUUAUUUGCACAUUGUUUUCAAACGCCUGGUUUGCAAAGGAUUGAACCUGGCACAUAGGGUCCUU